AAGAAAUAAACGGUCACAAAUUACAGACAAUUAUGGAGGCUUGUUCGUUUCUAACCUCCUUCUUUGAUGGAACAUAUCCAGUCACGAAAAGCGAAUUUCUGUCAUGCAACUAAGGGCAAUCGAAUAUUCAUGGCAUACAUUUAGAUCCAUAGUUAGUCCCAUCAAAUGAGAAUUUGAGACUACUUCGACAACAUCAUUCAGUGUUCUGUCUUAGUCCAAUGAUCGAUUUCGGCUCUCUCGGUAUUUCCAAAAGAAGCAAAGGAACACCCAAUGUUCAAGACACCGGGAUCAGUCAUAGUCCGUCCUCUGACGUAUUCUUCUCAUCCAAAGAGCUUGGGAUCAAAUGGAUCGAAGAUCUGGCGUCUUACAGCAGUCUCCAUGGCGUUGGCUGGUAUCACUAUGCCAGUUCCAAAGUGUUCAAGGCCAUCAUCAUGGUGGCGUCCUGUUUGAUCGUCCUGAUGCUUCCCAUCUUUAUUUUGCUUCAAAGUCUUGAGUUCUCGUCCAAUACGAAGGUGACCAAUUCCGCCGAAUGGAGCACUGCCGACUCCAUGACGUAUCCCAAUAUCACGGUUUGUCAUCCAAAGUAUUUCAACAGCGAUCUCCUUCGAGCAUAUGGUAUUGACAACGACUUGGCUGGGUACAUGACUUUUGCUGUAAACCCAAAUGCCCAAAGAUAUCUCAAGUUCAUGGAAGAUGAGGACAAUUCUACACAAACGGUCACUACCCGAUUACAUCAACAAUCACAACAACUCGCCGCCAUUUUGAACUCGAAGAACCUAAACAUCUUGGACCUCUACCAUAAAGUGGCCGUCAGAUGUAAGGACUUUAUCAUUUAUUGCGAAAUGAAGGCCGAAAUUUACUCCAACACCAACAUUAAUGGCUCUCCGGGUCAAAAAACUUGUUGCGACAUCUUGUUCGACCCCAAACCGACAUUUGGAUUUUCCGGAACUUGCUUUACAACCAAUGUAGAGAUCCGAGAGACCUUCCCAUCCAUUUUCCAUUCCCUCAAAAUUUGGACUUAUGUGGACAGUCAGAAUGCUCCAUCAUUUGGAAUCCCUUGGAAGGGCACAGACGCUGCGGAGAGAAAUGGGAUUGUGUGGGCCGUGACUUACAACAAUAGCCCGGCUGUCAUCAUGAGCCACAGGCCCAACAAACUGUCUUCUGGCACCCAUGCAUCCAUUGGACUCACCAAAUCGGAGAUUGAUAGGAUUGAUGUGCCAGGAGGAUGUCUUAAAACGAACCAAACAUUUACGGAUCUCACAGGAAUGGUCAACACCAAAGCAAAUUGUCAAGGGUUUGCGAACCAUUUUCAGUUCGGCAAGUGCAGUCUAGCAGUAUUUUACGGCUACAAAACGUGGAAAUCAAUCCCACCUUGUACCCCUGAGGACAUGGUGAACCAAUCCACUCCAACGGCAACCACUGAGACCGGCGGGCUAUUGGAAUCUUGCUUAGACGAUUGUAACUCAAUUCGAUACCACUUCUCACAAUCACUGACAAAUCUGGACCUUCAAACUGUCAAAGACUUCGUCAAUAGCAAGUCUAUGAGAAAUGAAGAGGGCCAAAUGAUCUAUCAAAGCCCCGAAGAUAUGAAUUCAUUAACUUUCUAUUUUGAAACGUUCGAUUUUUCUCGCACUGAGAUGAAAAUGGAUACCUUCUACGAUUUCUUAGCCAAAAUUGGAGGAACGAUGAGCUUGAUAAUUGGUGCCUCGAUUAUUACCGUUUUGGAGAUUGCAUAUUUUCUCUUAUAUUUUGGAACAGUGAUCGUUGUGGACUGUUUCAAUUUGUUCUCCUACUUCUGGAAGACUCGCGGAGAAGUGGCUAAUACUAUUCACGCAACCUAGGAAAAGAUACUUCGAAAGUUCAAGCGAAGUGGUUUAGCCCCUUCGUUUCUUUUGACUGGGGAGUCUUUUGCCGAUUAAUCAAAGUGCUUCAAAUCGGGUCCUAUCCGAUGAGGCGCCAACUGGGUGGGAAUGAGGGUGUAGGACUAAGGUUUGCUGAAAUAUGAAUGUCAAUUCUAUGCCACAUGACCUUGUUUGAAAUGAGAACAAUCGAAAAUAGCAUCACA